AUGGUAACUGUUUGCGUCCGCUUUGAGGUCAGUCUGGGAGCUGUCCCAUUGCUGGCGCGAGCCCUCGAGAACUACCCGGAUGAUCCGGAACUGCAGGAGAGAGGCCUGGAUGUUCUCCGUGUCAUAGCCACCGGCGGACGCCUCCCUGAUGUGGAGGACAGCCUCUCUUACUUGGGAGCUGUCCCAAUGCUGGUCAAGGUGAUGAAUCUCAACAUCGCCAGGCCGAAGAUCCAGGAGUACGGGCUGACCUUGCUCUCGGAGAUUGGAUGGCAAGGAGGAGAUCGGCAGCUGGAGAUUCUACUCGAGGAUGGCGUGGAGGUCACAGUGCGCGCCCUGCGGGCCUUCCCGGCCGAACGUGACGUUCAGCUCCAUGGAUUGGCAGCCGUGCAGGCACUGACGACAGGCAACGAGGAGUGCCGCGUUCGAUUCUUCACCCUGGCCGACAUUCUGGAGAUUGUGAUGGAGGCCAUGGCGAACUUCCCGCUCGUGGAAGGCAUUCAGGCCCAUUCGGCUUUCGGGAGUUACUUCCCGGGAUCGGUCGUCCAAAAAGUUGUGACAGGUGAUGAGCAACAGACUGUCACACUUCAAAGCUACUGA